AUGGCGAUAAUGUCUGGUAACAAAACUCGUAUGAGUAACAUGAUAGAAACGGAUACCGUUCAAUUACCUAUAGAUGUAAUAAUACAUAUAUUGUCCUAUCUGUCUACAUCUGAUAGGAUGUCAGCAGGUCUAGUCAAUCGAACAUGGCGUGAAGCUUCUCUAGCAAUGAAAUUUCUGGAUCAAGAAGCACUGGUUCUUGGUAGACCACGUGCCGAUAAUUUAAACCAAGUGAUAAAAAUUUUGCAACAUUCUAUAAGACCUUUCUAUCACUUUGUUUUUAGAGAAGUGGAAUUGAAGAGAAACAUGCCUAUUUGGGAUCAGUAUGGACCUCACAUGAAGAGUCUUAUAUUGUUGUGUUGUGAUCUAAGUGAAAAAACACUUGUAGAAGUAUUUAAAUGCUGCAAGUCUUUAAAAGUAUUACACAUUCAUGGUUGUAGAGAGUGCCUGAUGUCUGGCAGGCUUUUAGAAGAUGAAAAUGACAAGAAAGAGCUCUCUGAAACAUUUAAAAAUCUCCAAGAACUUAGUCUUGGGUGUAAUCGUUUUUUGAGUGAUGCUCUUUUCAACAGACUAGUUUCUAUUUGCCCAAGCUUAGAAUCUUUAAGUCUCAUGGGCUGUCAGAUAUCUUUUCAUUAUGGAUUGUAUAAAAAGUUCUAUCCUCAAAACUUAACUUUAACAGAAGCUUCAAAUUCGGUAUUUACUUUUUUAAAUACAUUACACUAUCUGAGACAACAAGCGUACAAGUUGAAACACCUGAAUUUUGGCUACACUUUGAUCGAUGGGACUGCUUUAGCUACAUUAUCAGCCUUGGAAGACUUGAAACUCGAAUCUUUAAUGCUGCAAGGCUGUUAUCAAUUAACCACAGAGGGUAUCAAAGGAUUGGCACAGCAUCAAAUUUAUUUGAAAGUCCUUGACAUUAGUUUUUGCGUGCGAAUUACGGACGCCAGUUUACUUCAUAUUUGUAAAAAUUUGACGAAACUGGAAACGCUCAGAAUAAGAAGAUGUCGUGCAGUAACCGAUAUGGGUAUACUGUAUAUUCAAUCUCUAAAACAUUUGAAAGAACUUGAUAUCUCGGAGGACGAACAACUCACCGGAGAUUGCAUUAUUCAUGGCUUAUGUUCUAGUCAUGGCUAUUGUAACAUAGAUGACAGUAGCAUAGUACAAGACAUUGAUCCUGAAAACAUCAAUUUUGGUUUACCAGAAAAGAAUUAUAUCGUAAAGAAAACGAUAAGAAAAGAGAAAAUGCAGAUAUUGUCGGCAAGUGCAUUGCAUCUUCAUGAAGAAUCAGUUGAAUGCAUAUCUAAGUCCUUUCCUAAUUUAAGAUAUCUUGAACUUAGCUCCUGUUUUAACGGUGUCACCGAUAAAACGAUACAGAUGAUAUUCAAGGAGCUUGUACAUUUGCAUACAUUAAAAAUAAGCCAUUGCGUUGAUGUCAGUGAUGCUGGCUUAACGGGUAUGAGUGCUGGUAACCAUGAGCAUGUCGAAAAAAUAGAAAUCGGUUUACGCUCAAGAGCAGAAGAAGAAAUAGUACGCGACGCUGAUCGAAAGCGUGAAAUCAUGAAACUUUGUGAAAACGUGGCUAUUAAGCCUUCGAAUACGUUUUCCGGAUUCUCUAUGUUGAGGCUCAAAUGCCUCCGAGAACUUGAUCUUUCUGGAUGCAAUAAAAUUACCGAUGUCAGUUUAAAGCAUUCAUUCGCUUUUCCAGAAUUGAAAAUAUUAAACUUAAGCCAAUGUCAACAGAUUACACACGUUGGAUUGGAUUACUUGUCUAAAAAUAAUCCAGCGAUCGAAGACUUGUAUUUAAAUCAGUGUCACAAUAUAUCUGACAUUGGUAUAUCAUAUGUUGCACAAAGAUUACAUAGAUUAAAACGACUUCUCAUACAGGGAUGUUCACAACUUACAGAUCAUACUCUUGAAUCUAUUACAUUGUACUGUAAAAGUCUGUAUUAUCUGGACACACGUUAUUGUCGAGGAAUGACGUUGGCUGGUAUUGCUAGUUUGACACAUUUGUAUGUCGAUUGGCUGAAACACUUGGACGAUAUCGUUACUUCGGAAUAUGAAAUACCUCCACCUGCUCCGCCCUUGCCACCGCUUGUUCCAUCAUUACCAUCUUUACCAUAGA